GAUACAGAGAAUUUUGAACUAACUUUCUCUCUCCUACUCUCUCUCCGCAAGCGACACUCUCAGUAUAUAUAAUUCCAGAGCCAAAUUAAAAAGCACACCUACAAUUCAAGAGAUAUAAAGAGGAGGUAGAAGGUACAUACUUCAUUAGUAGAAGAGGGUGGUGUUUUGAUCAGUUUAGGGUUUGUAAAGUGGUGGUCGGAAAAGAAAUGCAUCUACCCAUCAACUAGGUCGAUCAAAAUCCAGCUUGCAAGACUAGAACAGAAAUUUGAAUGGACAGAAAGCUAACAUUCUCAUACCUUAUAUGCAAGAUCUAAUAAGAUAUGGGAGAUUGAAGAUUAGACCGUGGCUUCUGAGACUUGAGAAUUUGCAGCAUGUAUCAGACAAACGUGUACGAUCCCCACCAAAACAUGAUUGACAUGUCGUCGCACAAGACAUCCUCGGAUAGUGAAUUGGGAAGGAACAGAAUGGGAGAUGAUUACGAGAUUAGAUCUGGCAAUGAGAUAAUGGAAGCUCCUCCAUCUGGUGACGACCAAGAUCCCAACCAACGACCGAAAAAGAAGCGUUACCACCGCCACACACAACACCAAAUACAAGAAAUGGAAGCCUUCUUCAAGGAGUGCCCUCACCCAGAUGACAAGCAAAGGAAAGAGCUGAGUCGUGAGCUUGGGUUAGAACCUUUGCAAAUCAAGUUUUGGUUCCAGAACAAGCGCACCCAAGUGAAGGCUCAUCAAGAACGACAGGAGAACAGUAUUUUGAAGUCUGAGAACGAAAAGCUUCGUGCAGAGAAUAAUAGGUACAAGGAAGCCCUAACUAAUACUACAUGCCCUAACUGUGGAGGCCCGGCUGCGCUUGGGGAAAUGUCCUUUGAUGAGCAGCACUUAAGGAUCGAGAAUGCACGAUUAAGAGAAGAGAUUGAUAGGAUGUCAGGAGUAGCAGUCAAAUAUGGAAAACCUGCGACUUCUUACUAUAACCUGCCAUCUCAAAACAACAUGGCUUCGCGGUCGCUUGAUCUGGGAGUUGGUAACUAUGGAGCACAGUCAGGGAUGGUAGGGGAAAUGUAUGGUGGCAAUGACCUUCUAAGGACACUCCCAGUUCCUACUGAUUCGGACAAACCCAUGAUUGUGGAGCUCGCUGUUGCAGCAAUGGAGGAACUCACAAGGAUGGCUCUCGCUGGAGACCCUCUAUGGGUCCCUGGUAACCAUGGCACUGAGCUUCUAAAUGAAGAUGAAUACUUGAGGAUUUUCCCUAGGGGAAUAGGUCCUAAACCUUUGGGGCUAAAAUCCGAAGCUACAAGGGAAUCUGUUGUGGUUAUCAUGAAUCAUACUAACCUCGUUGAGAUCCUUAUGGAUGUGAAUCAAUGGUCGACCGUGUUCUGUGGUAUUGUUUCAAGAGCAAUGACGCUUGAAGUCCUGUCAACUGGAGUGGCAGGAAACUACAAUGGAGCCUUGCAAGUGAUGUCAGCUGAGUUCCAGGUCCCUUCACCGCUUGUUCCUACUCGUGACAACUAUUUCGUAAGGUACUGUAAGCAGCACUCAGAUGAAUCAUGGGCUGUGGUUGAUGUUUCCUUGGAUCAUCUGCGACCCAGUGCAAUCUCAAGAAGCCGAAGACGACCCUCUGGUUGUUUAAUACAAGAAUUGCCUAAUGGUUACUCCAAGGUUACAUGGGUUGAACAUGUAGAAGUGGAUGAUAGAGCUGUGAAUAGUCUUUAUAAACUCCUAGUUAAUUCUGGCCUUGCCUUUGGAGCUAGAAGAUGGGUGGCAUCAUUGGAUCGACAAUGCGAACGUCUUGCUAGUGCCAUGGCUACCAACAUACCAGCAGGAGAUCUUUGUGUGAUAACCAGUCAUGAGGGAAGGAAAAGUAUGCUGAAGCUGGCAGAGAGAAUGAUAAUGAGUUUUUGUACUGGUGUUGGUGCUUCUACAGCACAUGCUUGGACAGCCCUAACAACUGGUUGUGAUGAUGUAAGGGUCAUGACCAGAAAGAGUAUGGAUGAACCAGGUAGACCUCCGGGUAUAGUUCUCAGUGCAGCAACUUCUUUGUGGCUCCCAGUUUCUUCAAAGAGGGUUUUUGAUUUUCUUCGAGAUGAAAACUCAAGAAGGGAGUGGGAUAUUCUCUCCAAUGGGGGUCUGGUUCAAGAAAUGGCACACAUAGCAAAUGGUCGUGAUCCUGGGAACUGUGUCUCUUUACUUCGUGUCAAUAGUCCAAAUUCCAGCCAAAGCAAUAUGCUUAUACUUCAGGAGAGUUGCACUGAUUCUACAGGCUCAUACGUAGUUUAUGCUCCUGUUGACAUAGUUGCCAUGAAUGUAGUGUUGAGUGGUGGAGAUCCAGAUUAUGUUGCCCUGCUACCCUCGGGUUUUGCUAUUCUUCCUGAUGGGCCUGGACUAAACAACUUAGGGCCCAUACUUGAUGUUGGAUCUGGAGGUUGUUUACUAACUGUUGCAUUUCAGAUAUUGGUUGAUUCAGCUCCUACAGCAAAAUUAUCUGUUGGUUCAGUGACCACUGUUAACAGUUUAAUUAAGUGCACAGUUGAACGGAUCAAAGCUGCAGUGGUGUGACAGCACCUAAUUGCUGAGCCAUCAAAUAUUUUAACAAAGAUAGAGAAAGAUGACAAGCUAGGAGGGUGGUACAUACUUAAGUGUUCGGAACAAGGGAAACAAGUCAAUUAACGCACCUUAGAGUCUUUUCUACCUAACAGUAGAACUGUUAGGUUCGGGCAUUGACUUUCCCUUUUGAAGACGAAAGUUGUUCCAUCAGACCUUGAUAUAUAUAUAUAUAUAUAUAGAAUAGAUAUAGUAAUUAAUUUAGAUUUCACCUGAUCUUUCUUAAUUUUUGCGUAGACCUUUUAUUAUUAUGUCGUAGACUUGGAGAAAACUUUCUUCAAGUGUUUUCUGAUGUUGACAUGUAGACUUGAACAAAUUUCUUGUCUUUUCAAUGUCCCUUUUGUUUUGAGACAGUCGUUACAACCAUAAUUGCAUAUAUAGCUUCGUUUUAUGAGUUUGAG